AAAUCAUUUCUUAACAAUAUCAACUACGUCACCCACAAUGACCACUAUCUCAACGAAACCGAAAACUUCUCGUUAUCUCCUAGAUACGUUGAUGGUGCUUAUCAGGAUUACGUCUCAUUGUAUCCUGACAUAAUCCCUGGCUAUACUUUGCUCAAGCAGUUUAAUUCGACUUUUGAGAAGGCGGAUAUCGUUUAUCACGCAGUAACAACCAACGAUGGAGUCAACACCAGCACGAACGUGGCCAUUCGUCUUUCUCCCAACAUAUUGAAAAAUGUCCCAUUAUCAAGAUUCUUAAAUGAGUGGUACAUAUUGUCAGGAUUGAACGUCCCCCAUAGACAUAGAAUAUUCGGAAAUGAGGCUAUUUCUAACAAAUACUUUGAAUCCGGGCCAAAGUCUAAAGUGGAUUACUCAAGACCAGACAUAUAUCACCCAAUCACCCUACCAAGAGAUUUACCCGGAAUUUUAUAUCCGGUUAAAGUACUAACCCUAAAUUCCCAACGUGAGCAAUGCCGUUUGGCCCUAAUUUACCUUGAUAAUAAUUACAGAUCACUUCGGGAUUUUGCAUUUGAAGAGCAGGAAGAAGUGUAUGAUCUUAAUAAUAAUUUAGAUUCAGCUGCAAGUAUGUCUUCGGCCUCUUCAAUGAGUAAUAACGUUUUUGGCAGUAUGAAUGGCUAUUCUGGGCAAGGUGUUGGAGGUGUUACAUCCUCGGGAUUCGGGGGUUCCGUAAAUAUGGGAAAUCUGUUGUUCGAUGAAAUUGCAAACAAAAUCAAACAAACACCUAAAUCACCAUUGAAAGUAAUUGAAAUUCUUUCGGACAUGAUCAAGGUCCUUGAUACUCUAGCUAUCGUUCACGAGUUUGGAGUUGUCCAUAAUAAUAUUACUUCAAUUAAUAUCUUGAAGUCUGAAACAGAUAAUACCGAUGUCAAGUUGAGUGGAUGGGACUUCUGCUUUACCAUUCAGCCAGAAGAUUCUACUUUUGAUUAUAGAAAACGACAUCUUACUCAGCUUCCAGAAUUGUUACCAUACUUAUCUCCAGAAUUGUGUGGUGAAGCAAAUAGAGGAGUUGAUUACAGGUCUGACUUUUACUCUGUGGGUAUAGUUCUUUAUGAAUUGUUGGUCGGUUGCACUCCGUUUUUUAGUGAUAGUCCCUCAAAGAUCAUUCGAAGACACAUUUUGCAAAAACCGGUUGCCCCAUCGCUAAUUGCGCAUGCCUGGAUCACAGAUGAUUUAAGUGACAUCAUAAUGAAACUUUUAGAAAAGGAUCCAGAUAAUAGAUAUAGCGAUUGUCACAGUUUGAUUAAUGAUUUAAUUCAAUCAAAGAAUGAAUACAUUGAUACUGUGACAAAUUUGGGUGAUUCUGUUGUUAGAUACUGGACAAAAAGAGAAGAUACAAAGGGUUAUUUGGUGAAGGAAACCACCAGGAAUCUAGAAAAGUGUGGGGUUGCCCCUAUUUUUCUGUAUCCAAGAGGUGUGUACGGUAGAGAUGAACAGUAUAAAAAGAUUUUUGAAAAAUAUGAAAAUCUAUCAACAGGAGUGAACAUGCUUUUCAUUACCGGAGAAAUGGGAUCUGGUAAAACCACGUUGAUUAAUGAUAUCAGAUCAUCCACAAUAUCCACAAAUGACUUCUACUUUCACUGGAAGUUUGAUUCUAGUGAAACUAGUGUAACUAUUUAUACUUGCUUUUUGCAUGGUAUCAAGGUUAUUGUCAACCAAAUUAUGUCUUCCUCUCAAGAAAUUAUUCACAGAUGGAGAGAUUUAAUUAUUACCAAGAUUCAGGUAGAUUUGAGAGUUCUCUUUCUGGUUAUCCCUGAGUUAAAGGUAUUUUUAGGCCCUGCUUAUGAUACCUUGGUUGAAUCCGAUCCCAGAUUCCAAUCUACCAGCCAGGAUCAUUUGGUGAAUUUAGAAUUAAAAUUUAGAUACAUCAUCAAAGCAUUUUUCUGUCUAAUUGGUUUUCAGGGCCUUACUAUGUUCCUUGAUGAUAUUCAAUGGUGUUCUUUGAGUGAAUGGGCUAUGUUCGGAGAGAUAUUUGACUAUUUUCAAUCAAAUGAGUUAGAGAAUGAAAUUUCCAUCAAGAUGGUUGCAGCAUACACGGAUAACGCUUGUGAAAAUCAUAAAGAAUAUGAUCAACAAAUUAAAGAAUCGAAAGAGAAAUCUAAAAAUGGGAUUGAUUAUUUUUUACUUAAAUUUUUGGGUGCGUCGAGCGUACACAAUCAUGUUUUCGAGCUUAAGAGAUUGGAAUCGAAUGGAUUUCUCGAUUAUAUUAAUGCUGGGUUUUCCUACAUUCGAGACGGCUCGAUUCUAGCAAGAAAUGAACAAACUAGUAUGUCUUCCAUGUUUGGAUCUCUUCAACUGUCCAUUAAUCAAAUUGAUGAUUCUACUAAAUUUGUUGCUUCGAAAAUUUUUGAAAUUAGCAAAGGGAAUGUAUUACUAGCUCGAUAUUUGAUUGCAUCUUCCUUAUUAAAUGGAGAGAUUCAAUUUGGAGAGUCCAGAAUCAAUAGCGGAAGCAAGUGGGUUAUUGACUUGGAAAAACACCAAUUUCGUACCGGAACAGAUAUCAUGAAUCAUUUUCUCAAAUCUGCUUUAACUGAUAAAGCAAGAGAUAUUUUGAAUUUUGCGGCUGUCAACAGUGACGGUUAUUAUUUCCAUUUAUCACAGUUAAUGAUCGUGUCUAACUUAUCCUUGAAGGAAGUUUACGAAUUGUUACACUUAUGCGUUGAAACAGGUGUAAUAAUCCCAACCAGUUAUUAUCAUAAGAUUCCAUUUCAUCUAAUUACUUCGGAUGCAUUCCCAUUUGAUAUCUCUGAUAGCAGCAUAUGGGAAUUAGCAGGUCAAACUCGGUAUAAGUUUUAUCACGACUCAAUUCGUUAUCAAUUUAUCAAUGAGAUGAAUGAUAACGAUGAACUCGAGGAAUACCAUAGAUUAUCUGCGUUACGUUCUUAUAAGAGAAUUUCAAAGCAAGCUGAAUUCAGCAUAUCCAAUUACCUCAAAAUGGCUAACCAUUUCAGUAGCUCUUGCGGUGUUGCUAGAGUAGAAGAUAUUGAGAUUUACAAAAAGGUUUUAAUUCAAGCAGGUAGAUAUGCAUCUUCAACAUACAAUAGUAAGGCUGCGUUGAAGUAUUUUGAAGCAGCUGACACAUUCAUUGACAAGAAUGAUACCAAGACUAAGUUGAAGAGCGUAAUUACCAUUUGUCAGUCUCAACAAUUGUUGAAGCGAUAUGAUGAAUGUCUCAAAUAUAUUGAAGAUGUCCAAUCCCAAUUUGAUUUUGAUGAAACAGUAUUUCUAUUGGCAAAGGUCAAAUGCUACAUUCAGUCUGGGAGUUACGAGGAGGGUGUCAAGACUGCAGUGAAAGGUUUGCAGAAAAUCGGCAUCGAUGUAUAUUAUGACAACGAGAAAUCUCGAAAAUUGUACCACAAGAUUAUUGAUAAAGUCCCCAUUUCAAUUCCUGAAAUUAGAGAGCUUAAAGCUUCUAAAAAAGCAACUUCACCGAUCAUACUUUUGGUUUAUGAGCUAAUCUCGGACAUAAUUGUUCCCUGCUAUACCACGAAGUUCAACUAUUUAGCAAAGUACUUGGUUGCUCAAUUGGUUACGUUGAUAAAAUCGUACGGAGUCUCUACAUUUUGUUCAAUUCCUUUAUUAGACUUCGCUAAUUCGUUUAUCUCAAAGAAAGACAAGGCCUACUACAUGAAAGGCUUGGAGUUCUGCAAAAUUGCCUUAGACAUUGUGAAAUCCACUGAAAAUGUGUCGUCUGAAUUGAUCAAGAACACAUACGAAUUUUACAUCCUAACUGUCGCUGUUUACAUUGAACCGAUUCCUCAGGUGUUGAAAUAUUACGAUAUUUACAUAAGAUCAAAAAGACCUUUUGUGAGAUCACACUCUGCUUCUAUGAAUUUCCUUACCGAAGCUUCGAAGUAUUUGUUGUUUCAAUUGAGUGGCUAUCCAUUUGAUAGUAUUAUUUCUAGUAAGGUAUCCGAUCAGCUCGACUUCAGCACUUCAAAUGGAAGUCAUCUUUAUGGAUAUUCAUUAUUACAUGGUGACAUCAGUUUGGAAGAAUUUGAGGCCAAGUAUCCUCUGGAUGGUAAUCCAAGGCACAACACCUUUUUGUUCCAUGUUUCUAAAAUGGCCUAUUUGAAUACUUGUGAUAGGUUUAAUGAAGUUAGAGAUAUGAUCCUUUCGGGGGUACAUGAAUUGCUGGAGUAUUUGCCACUAGGAUUGGUGCAUAUUGGAUACUCUUACCAUUGCAUUAUUAGUUUGACUAAGUGUGAUUUUACUGAUCAGGAGCAAAGAGUGAGGGCAAACAAAAUCGUGGAAGAAUCGUUAGCCCUGUUUCAAUUAUGGUCAGAACUUUGUCCAAGUACGUAUGAAUCAAAGUAUCGUACACUUCGUGCUUUGCAUGACAAGUAUAAUGAGAAUAUCUCCCCUUUAAUUAUCUUGGACGCCUUUGAUGAAGCAAUUGACCUUGGUAGAAACAACAAUAAUUGGUACGAUGUUGGAAUGGCCAGUUAUUUCUGUGCCAAUUGGCUAUCGAAGAAAGGUCAUGGAACCAAGAGAGUCAUUCACUACGCAAAGACAGCAUUGGAAGUCUUUAAAAUUCUUGAUGACCGUCUAUUGGUGGCAAUGAUACAGAAGAAGUUCGGUACUUCCAUGGAGGAUGGUUACAACUGGGCUGGCCUCAAAGUUCCCGAUAGGCUGUUACAAGGAAUCAAACCAUAUUCUUUUCCUGAGAUGAGUGAGUCCUUAACCACCGUGAAAUCUAAAUUUCAAGUACAACCUGCUGUUGCACCAAAAUCUAACCGAAGAGAUAAAACUCAAAAGCAGCACAAAAUAUUUUCAAAAGGGGAUUCUUCCACUGACUUCAAUAAAGCAGUUAAGUCAUGUUUACUGAUUUCGGAAUCGUCAACUGACACGAUGAUUGUCUUGAAGUUGCUAGAGAGUACAAUUAUGUUCAUGGAUGUUGAUUAUGGGGUGACUGUGAUUCGUGAAGAUAACGAUGAGCCGCAUAUCCGGGCCAUUGGGUCGGCAAAUACAGUCUACAACGUAGAUAAUCAGCCUUUAAGUUCAAGAGGUGAUAUUUGUCCCUUCUCGCUUUUGAUGCAUGUGCUUCACACAGGAGAAAUUGUCAAUAAGGAUGAGGACCAUGUGAUGUUCUCGAACAGAUUUGGUAAGGAUGACUAUUAUCAACGUAACAAUUGCACGUCCAUGAUAUGUAUCCCUUUGAAAAAUCAAUCAGGGGUGUUUGGAGCUUUAUACCUUGAGAAUCAGAAGCCGUUAAUCAAGAAAGGUAUGCCUUUCUUCGAUGCAAAAAAGAAGGAUUUGCUUGAUUUGCUUUGCAGCCAAGCUGCAGUAUCAUUAAGCAAGGCUAAACUCUACUCCCAAAUGGAAAUUGCAAAAAGCGCUGCUGAAGAUGCAACUGCUGAGAAAGCAAGUUUUUUGGCUAACAUGUCUCAUGAAAUUAGAACGCCUUUCAAUUCCUUGCUUUCUUGUUCAAUUUUCUUAUUAGACACAGAAUUGACAAAAACUCAGAGAGAAUAUGUGGAGACCAUCAGAAGUUCGGCCAUGGUGACCUUGAAUAUCAUCGAUGGAAUCUUGGCAUUUUCGAAAAUAGAGCAUGGUUCUUUUACAUUGGAUAAUGCACCAUUCUCCUUGUGUGACUGUAUUGAGAGCUCGAUGCAAUUAUCAGGUGAACAGGCUGCAGUUAAUGACUUGGAAUUGGUGUUCUUGAACAGAUCGCAGAAUAUCAAAUCCAUCAUUGGAGAUGUCACAAGAUUCAGACAAAUCAUUAUUAACUUGGUUGGAAAUGCUAUCAAAUUCACUUCAGCCGGGUCGAUCAUUGUUGAAGCAACUGCAAGAGAAAUUAGUCCUGAUAGAGUGGAAUUGUGCAUUUAUGUCAAGGACUCUGGUAUAGGAAUACCAGAAGAAUCCAGAAAUAAAGUGUUCGGAGCAUUCUCGCAAGUAGAUGGUUCCUCUAGGAGAGAAUUUGGUGGAUCAGGCUUGGGUUUGGCUAUUUCAAAAAAGCUUUCAGAUAUAAUGGGUGGAGACUUGGGUUUCCACAGUUCUGAAGGAGUUGGUAGUACCUUCUAUUUCAUAGUAAAUUCACAAGUUGAGUUCCAUGAGAAGCCUGAAAUUUACUUUGGUACGGAAAUUGCGAAGUCUCUUGGUGUCACGAAUCAGGUGUUGAUAAUUGAUGAUCAUAUAAAUGGCAGGAUGUCAUUAAAGGAGACAUUGGAGUACUUUGGCUUGGAGGUAACUACGAUCAACAAUUUGACUGAAAUUCGCCAAAACAUCGAUGAAUUCUCUUUCAUUUUUAUUCAUGAGAGCCAUUACGAUAACUUCAAGAAGUACCAAUCAGUGAUCCAUGACAAAUGUAAGAUUGUGGUGCUUGCACUGUUUGGUAAGUCAUUGCCGAAGGAUAUUGAGGAUCAUUCAGUAUUAUUAUCACCAUUCCAAAGACUGAAACUUAUCAACAUCAUAGAGAGCACAAUCAACGGAGAGAGGAAAACAGAUACUUCAUUGAAGGUUGCAAACCAUACUCUAUUGGCCGAAAGAUUUCCGUUGAGAAUUCUUCUUGCAGAAGACAAUGUUGUGAAUACCAAAGUUGCAUUACAACAUUUGAAAAAAUUUGGAUAUCAUGCUGAUCAUGCAAAGGAUGGUGUCGAGGUGAUUAGUAGAUGUGAGGCUCUAUUGGCCGAAUCAAAGUUCUACGAUGUGAUUUUGAUGGAUAUUCAGAUGCCUCGAAAGGACGGAAUUAAUGCCACAAUUGAGCUAAACGAAUCGUUCACUGCAAAGGGAAAAGAGGACUACAUCCCCAAGAUAGUUGCAUUGACUGCCAAUGUUGCUGGAGACGAUAGAGAAAGAUCUUUGAGCUGUGGAAUGGUUGAUUUUAUUUCUAAACCGGUUGUGCCUAGUGAGUUGGAAAGAGUAUUGACGUCAUUAGGAAAGCAAAUA